CUUUCGGAGCCUCUGGCUCCGUGUGACCGCGCCGUGAUGCAGGGCGCCCGCCGAGCUCUGCCCUCGGCAGCCGCCGCGGCAGCGCCGCUUCGCGGACAGACGCGCACCGCUCUGUCGGUGUCGGUGGAAAUCAGUGCGGUGGUGGUAAAGGGCGCUUUGCGAAGAUGGAAAGCUUUCUGAGCCUGGUGGAGUAUCGGAAACGAACGAACAUGCAUGAACGUGUGAACAGAACAGAGAGGCAGUUUAAAUCUCUUCCAGCUAAUCAACAGAGUCUUCUUCCUCAAUUCCUUCCUCACCUUGACAAGAUUCGGAAGUGCAUUGAUCAUAAUCAAGAAAUACUGCAGACCAUUGUGAAUGACUGCGUUCAUAUGUUUGAAAACAAAGAAUAUGGAGAAGACGGAGGAGGGAAGAUUACACCUGCUUCAACGUUUGACAUGGAUAAAUUAAAAUCUACUUUGAAGCAAUUUGUCAGAGACUGGAGUGAAGAGGGGAAACCUGAGCGAGAUUCCUGCUACCAGCCAAUAAUUAGUGAAAUUGUAAAGAACUUUCCAAAAGAAAGAUGGGAUUUCUCCAAAGUUAAUAUCCUGGUACCUGGUGCUGGGCUAGGUAGAUUGGCGUGGGAAAUAGCUAUGCUCGGUUAUGCUUGCCAAGGAAAUGAAUGGAGCCUCUUUAUGCUCUUUUCUUCUAACUUUGUACUCAACAGAUGUUCUGAAGUUAACUCAUGUAAGCUUUAUCCCUGGAUUCAUCAGUUUAGCAAUAAUAGAAGAUCUGCAGAUCAGAUACGUCCAAUUUAUUUCCCUGAUGUUGAUCCUCACAGUCUUCCUUCUGGUUCAAACUUCUCUAUGACGGCAGGGGAUUUUCAAGAAAUUUACUCUGAGUGCAAUACUUGGGACUGCAUAGCAACUUGCUUUUUCAUUGAUACAGCACAUAAUGUUAUUGAUUAUAUUGAUACUAUAUGGAAAAUACUGAAGCCUGGAGGCAUAUGGAUAAAUGUAGGUCCUCUUCUUUACCACUUUGAAAAUUUGGCAAAUGAACUUUCAAUAGAGUUAAGCUAUGAGGAUAUAAAAAACGUUAUACUGCAGUAUGGCUUCCAUAUAGAGGUGGAGAAAGAAUCUGUACUGUCAACUUACACUGUGAAUGAACUCUCCAUGAUGAAAUACUACUACGAAUGUGUGUUGUUUGUGGUGAGAAAGCCAGAAGAGAAGUGCUUCGAAUAGGUUAGUCAGAAAAAAGUUUGGCCUGAAUGUUAGAAUUAAAAAUAACGUGGACUGAAUGAUGUCUGGACACAACCUCAAAUCAGUGGUGCCUUCCUAUUCCUAAUAAGAUUUAGAUAGUGUCUAUUUUCUUAAUAUUUCUGUUGCUAUCCAGACAUGUACUAUGCCAUACAUAUUUGUACUGUAACUAGUGAAAACGGAAGAUAAAAUGUUUGCUUUGGAAUGCAUUAAGAACAAAAAUGUUUCCUUGGAUAUAAGAAUUGUUUGCCAGAACCAAGCUAAUUUCACAAAUGCUGCCUCGUUUUUCUGGGUUUUAUAAUGAUUUCCUUUGUUCUGCUUUCUGAUGUUAGGAAUGCACAAAGGUACGUACUGUACUUACUGCGUCACAUCUAAAGAAGUAUUUUUAAGAAUACAUUUUUAGUCAAUUGUGAAGUCUGAAAUGAUUGAAAAUUUAUGAAAUGAUUGAAUGAUCUCUUAUUGAGUCGUGGUAACCUAGCAAGGGGGUUGGAACUAAAUGAUCAUCUUACAGCGUUGAAACUGAAAUAUUGAAUGCAUCGUGGCUUUAAAACAUAAUGAUUUUGAGUCACCUACUUAUCGCUUAAGCCAAAGUGUUAAACGUAUAACUAACAGAAACUUAUGAUAAACCUUGCACUCAUCUCUUUUUCAAUGUUAAUGACUGAGUUAUCCAUGCCACUUCUAGGUAGUGACAGAGAAAAAUCCCUCUUUCUCGAGGAAUAAAAAAAAUACAUGUAAAUAAUGUGCUGUAACUUAGUGAUUUCCUUACCUGAGUCAGCAUUGUAGCUAUAGGCACUUUACUACUUAGUGGCUUACUACUUCCUUAUCCUACAUUUUUUUUUUUUUUCUGGCUAAUGAGGCUUAGGAGGAUAUUUAAUCUGCAAAUCCUAGCCGAAUCUUCAUAAAAGUAAAGCUGAAUCUUCUUUUGCUUGUUAUGUAAGUGAAAAAAAUUACGAGCUUAGAGAAGGCAUCAUGGUAGCCAUUUGUCCUCUUAAUGUAUUGGUUAGGUUCAGUACCACCUUUAUCGUUAUUCGAAAUAUAAGAACCUUGUGGUAAGGAAUUAAGGAUGUUUUCAGGGUCAUAAUGGUGCACUGGACAAUAACUUUUUUUAAAUGUUUACGAUUGUUUCUGGUCCCUUUUUCAGGGUGAUGUCAUACUCUCAUAAUCACAUCUUUUUAAUAUUUCCAUUAUUAACUUUGGGAUUUUUCCUGUUAAGGCUGGACAUUUGUGCCUUCAUUUCUAAAACGAAAGUUUGCCUGGAAGAAAAUCACAAUCCUGGGUUUGUUUUUCUUUUUUCCUUUUUCUUUCUUUUUUUUUUUUUUUUUUUAAUUGUUUUUUAAAUAAUUUCAACACUGCGUAUAGAAAAAAAGUGUUUGUGGAUGUUUCAGUACUGUGCCCCUUUUUGGUCAGAAUUUUUACUGAGAAUAAAGGGUUCUGGACUACAGAAAUUUUCAGCUUCACAUAAAAUGCUCGUUUGAACUGUACCACCAAGAUUGUACUCCAUUAAUGAACUGCUGAGAUUCUGCCUUGGUCCGAGAAAGAUUUUUAAAACACUGCUACUGCAAGGGGAUUAAAAUAAAAGCCUCUCCACACCUUUAAAAAAAAAAAAAAAAAAAAAAAAAAAAAAAAAAAGAUAAUAAUCUUCAGUUACUUUCAUUCUCUUACUGUGUUAUUUACUUUGGAUACUGGGUGGACUUUGUGUUUCUUCACUUUGUUUUUUCCUUGGAUAAAAUGAGAUUAGUGUUUUGAUUUCCAAGUUCCUUGAAGUCAGACAGAGUUAGCUGAAUGUUGGUCCUGUUUCCUACCCUAGCAGUCAGUGGUUGUACCCAACAUGCGAUGCUUCCUACACAUACAAAACUGUAUUCUUGUGUUCCGGUUGGACAUUGAUAUCAACUUCAGUUGGGUUUGUUCAUUGCUGCCCCAUGUUGUCACAAGUUCCAUUGUCAGCACUGGUUAUAGGAAGAAGUUUUAUUGACUUUAAUCAUGUAUAUAGCGAUGUGCUUGUAUUUCUCAUUUGGAAAAUGCCCAUGGAUUUCCUUUUAACGUGUAGCAGCUGCAUUAACAGCUGGAAGCAGCGCAGCCUUGUGAAUCGGUGGUGUGAGUCAGUGGUGUGGAACCCUCUGCCCUACCUGCACGUUCCCAGGCUGUUCCAUCGCUCAGCCGGGGAUAACUGCGGUGCCACGCUCCUCCCGUUGCACCCGCUGUGAGUGCGCUUCCGGAUCCUGGCCUCACAAAUGCUUCUGUCUAAGGGAGUACGUUUGACAAAUGUAGAGCUUCCUGUGUUUUUAUUUAUACGGUAGUGCGCACACAGCGCAGUCACAACGAUGGGGAUUGGAAGCUUCAUGUCUCCGCGUGAACUUUCCGCUAUUUUUAAUGUGUGUAACGAACUUGAUUUUUCUCUGACAUUAAAGUUUGCAGUACGA